UUUAUAGUUCAAUAAUCAUUAUUAAAUAUUAUUAUUUAAAAUAGUAGGUAUUAAAGUAUUGUUGUUCCUUGUUCCAUCAAUCAAUUAUAAUUUUUCCUGAAAAUCCGAUCGAACAUUCAAUCUUUUGAAUAUAAUGCCAUACACUGUAUAGUGUACAAAUUUCUCCAAAAGAUAAAUUUACUGCGACGUGAUGGCUGAACUUCCGGAUUGGUUUACAUCCAUACCUUAUUUCACCAAACGAUGGCUUGCCCUGACUGCUAUCUUGACUUUGGCUGGACGGUUUGGUGUUGUGAAUCCUUUUAACUUUAUGUUAUUUUAUGAACCAUUCAUCAAAAAAUUUGAGAUUUGGAGAGCAGCCACUGCUUUGUUGAUGUACCCAUUAUCACCUGGAAAUGGAUUUCAUUUCUUAGUCAAUUGUUAUUUUCUAUAUAGUUAUUCAAUAAGAUUGGAAACAGAUUCGUUUAGUGGAAGACCGGCAGAUUAUUUUUUCUUACUUAUAUUUAAUUGGAUAUGUUGUGUCAUUAUUGGACUCUUGGCAAAUAUACCGGUUCUUAUGGAUCCUAUGGUCUUAAGUAUAUUAUAUGUAUGGUGCCAACUAAAUAAAGAUGUAAUUGUAAGUUUCUGGUUUGGAACUCGCUUCAAAGCUAUGUACUUACCAUGGGUAUUGUUUGGGUUCAACUUGAUUAUUUCUGGAGGAGGACUUCAGGAAUUAGUUGGAAUUAUUGUGGGUCAUAUAUAUUUUUUCCUCAUGUUCAAAUACCCACAAGAAAUGGGUGGACCACAGCUUAUACAAACACCUCAGAUAUUUUACAAAUUUUUUCCUAAUCAAAGGACAGUUCACGGUUUUGGUCAACCUCCAACUAGAGCAGCACCAACUGCAGCCCCAGCAGCAGGAAACCAACAAGGGGAAGGUGGAUUAAACUUUCGUCGCCAUGAUUGGGGUAGAGGUUAUGUUCUAGGACAACAACAAUAAACUAAGUCUGAUUUAACAAUAUUUUGUAUUUUAAACAUUUAUUUUACCUAUUACAAAUAUGUGAGUGAAGGUAUAUUGUGUUUUAUUUAAGUGUAUGUCCUCACCUAAGUGGAAUUUAACACGAAUAAUUUACUAUUAAUCAUUAAAGAUCUAUAUAAAAAA